CAACUUUCAUUCUCGCAAUCCAAACAAUCAUUCUUGCAGGGAUUCAACUUUACAACUUUCCGUCUUCACAACACUAUAUCCAACUCGCGCGUAACUUCAAAUCGACUUCUCUCUACAGCCCCUGCAGCUUAGUCAUUUCCUCGCGACCAUCUCACAACUACAAUCAUGUCCUCAAACGCAACACCAACAACGACGACCGCACCAACCAUACCAACAACAACACCCACAACAACCCAACCACCCCUCCCAUCCGCCCAAACCUUCGACAUCCUCCCACCCCUCCACGCCCUCCUCUCCCGCCUAGAACCCUCCUUGAACGUCUACACCCCCGACACCUCGACCGCCCUACCGCCCGGCAACUCCACCCACGCACCCGUAACUUCCGCCUCCGCAUUACCAACCUCCACACCACAACAGCUGGAAUACAAGGACGCUGCUGUAGCGGCGCAGUUUCUGAAAAGCAGGAUCAGAAAAGCGUUGGCCGAGUUGGGUGGAUUGGCAGAUAUGCAGAGGGGUGUUGAGGAGCAGGAAGAGGAAAUCAAGGGACUGGAAGGAAAGAUUGAGAGACAGAAGGAGGUUUUGGAGAAGCUUGCAAAGCUGGCUGGGGAGGGUCAGGGUGAGGUCAAGAUGGGUGGUUGAAAAGGCAUGAUCCAUCGUUUGCGACAAUGAGGUUGUGAAUGAACAUCAUGCGAGAUUGGCAAGCUUGAUCAUCGGCACGCACGAAUAUGCGCUGCAGCGACAUCUGCGCAACGCGAUCGCUGUCGCACACAUCACCUUCGACUUCUGCCACCAUCUAUCGAGUCUUUGAUCAGACGACGAAGCUCUACGCAACAGAUCAUGUCCCAGGUCAAGCCAACAUUCGAGAGGAUUGAAGAGUCGUAACAAAUUCUUCUGCAAGCUUGACUAUCUA